AUGAACUGCAAACCAAAACCUUCCAAAUUUGAUAAAAAAGCUCCUUCCCAUCCAAAUGAGCUUCAAAAAGCACUUGUGAUCUGUAACCGAGGCCACCUUUAUAAUGUCCGAGUUCCAUGUGAGGAGAGGCGUGAAGAAGCACUCUGUCUUUCAGCUUCUGAGUAUGAGAGAAUCCUAGCACGAGCUAGGGGCCCAAGUUUUUUGGCGAAGGAGAAGGAAAAAGAAGCUUUGGACAAGGCUUUGCAAAAGAAAAAGGAAGCAGCAGAAGAAAAGAAACGGCAGAUGAUUGAGAAGGAUCGUUCCUCUAUUAAGACGGAUGUACAAACUGAAGCCAUGUCUAAGAAGCAGGGAUGUGAAAAUUACCGGCACAUGCGGCGUAAAGCCCAAAUGGAGAGGGACAAUCAGAUUGUAAAGCUGGACUCGUGUAUAGAGCGGUGCAAGAUCGAGGCUGCGGUAGACACCCAAUGCUUGUGGAAAAAGCAAUGCGAGGCUGUGGCCCUUUCCAAAGACAAGGCCGAAUUUGAACGGGAGCUCCAGGCUAAUCAGGAGUUGCUCGUCAAGCAUCAGGAGAAGGACAGGAGGCGCAAGGAGGAGGGACGCCACCAUUUAGAUGUACUAUCAGAGCAGAUAAGACACAAUGAGCACACCGCGGCCAUCAAACGUCGAGAGAAGCUAUACGCGACUGAACACGUGAAUGAUGAGGUUCAACUUCAAAAAAAGUGCAUCGACGAACUCAAGCAGGAGAGGCUAAAGAAUUUCAGAGCUUCCGGGAUUCCUGAAAAAUACUACUUAUAUGCGGAGAGGAAGACUGCAAAAAUCCGUGAAAGAAACGAGAAAUUCCAGUACCAUCCCCAAUGA